CACACACACACAAACACACACACUGGUCCCUCAGGCAGCCGCGGGAGAGAGUGGCAAGUCCCCGCGAGCAGAGCCCCGCUGGAUUUUUUCCUUCUCCACUCCGGCCCUCGCUCGUCUGGGCGGCGACGGCGGCGGAGAGAUGGGGGACCCCGCGGGGGAACGGGCUGAAGACCCAUGAAGAUUAUUGUUAUUUUAAAGGAUGCCUUAGCUUCCUCUGGCCGCCAGUCCUCGGAGCCUUCUUCCCAGAGAAGGCUAAGCAGAGUCAGGGAUGUGAAGAGAGAGGGAGAUCCGCCUGGAGCUUCAGCCAGCCGGGGGAGACCCUCCUCUUGGUGGAGGGGAGGGGGACUUCCAGCUAACGUCGUUGGCGAAGGGCACCGUCGCAGGAGAGGAGCCCCGGAGGGAGCGGGGAAUCCCGCUGCCCUUUGUGCAGCCUGCUGAGCGGGGUCAGUGGGAGCUAGCUGUCAGUGGAGAUGUCUGCCCCAGAGGGAUACUGCUUCAGCUGACCUUCUUUUCUUAAGGACACUGGCUCCAUAGCUCUGUCCAGUUCACAAUGGCAGAAAAGGCUCCUCCUGGCUUAAAUAGGAAGACGUCAAGGUCGACACUUUCUCUCCCUCCAGAACCAGUGGACAUUAUCAGGAGCAAAACGUGCUCUCGGAGAGUUAAGAUCAACGUGGGGGGCCUCAACCACGAAGUCCUAUGGAGAACUCUGGAUAGGCUACCCAGGACACGCUUGGGAAAGCUUCGAGACUGCAAUACACAUGAGAGUCUCCUGGAGGUGUGCGAUGACUACAACCUGAACGAGAAUGAGUAUUUCUUUGACCGACACCCUGGAGCCUUCACAUCCAUUUUAAAUUUUUACCGGACAGGGAAACUACACAUGAUGGAAGAAAUGUGUGCACUCUCUUUUGGCCAAGAGCUUGAUUACUGGGGGAUUGACGAGAUCUACUUAGAGUCCUGCUGCCAAGCCAGGUACCAUCAGAAGAAAGAACAAAUGAAUGAAGAACUGAGGCGAGAAGCAGAGACCAUGCGGGAACGAGAGGGAGAAGAGUUUGAUAACACCUGUUGUCCUGAGAAGAGGAAGAAACUUUGGGACUUGCUGGAGAAACCUAACUCAUCAGUGGCUGCAAAGAUCUUGGCCAUCGUGUCUAUCCUGUUCAUCGUACUUUCCACCAUUGCUCUGUCUCUCAACACCCUUCCGGAGCUGCAGGAAAAUGAUGAAUUCGGGCAACCCAGCGACAACCCCCAAUUAGCGCAUGUGGAGGCUGUGUGCAUAGCUUGGUUUACCAUGGAGUACCUUUUAAGGUUCCUGUCCUCACCAAAUAAGUGGAAGUUCUUUAAAGGCCCACUGAACGUCAUUGACCUGCUGGCCAUCUUACCAUACUAUGUCACCAUUUUCCUCACCGAGUCCAACAAGAGCGUGCUUCAGUUCCAGAACGUGAGGCGAGUCGUCCAGAUCUUCCGAAUCAUGCGCAUCCUCAGGAUCCUGAAGCUCGCCAGGCACUCCACCGGCCUGCAAUCUCUAGGCUUCACCCUCAGAAGGAGCUACAACGAAUUAGGCUUGUUGAUACUGUUUCUGGCCAUGGGAAUAAUGAUAUUUUCCAGCUUGGUAUUUUUUGCUGAGAAGGAUGAAGAUGCUACUAAGUUCACUAGUAUCCCUGCAUCAUUCUGGUGGGCUACCAUCACCAUGACCACUGUGGGCUAUGGUGACAUUUACCCUAAAACACUGUUAGGGAAAAUUGUGGGAGGUCUCUGCUGUAUUGCUGGAGUUCUGGUUAUUGCCCUUCCCAUCCCAAUCAUUGUGAACAAUUUUUCUGAGUUUUACAAGGAGCAGAAACGCCAGGAGAAGGCAAUUAAAAGGAGAGAGGCUCUUGAGCGGGCAAAAAGGAACGGAAGCAUUGUUUCCAUGAACUUAAAAGACGCCUUUGCCCGAAGUAUGGAACUGAUCGAUGUGGCUGUCGAAAAGGCUGGAGAGUCAGCCAACACCAAGGACUCCACUGAUGACAAUCACCUGUCUCCAAGCCGGUGGAAGUGGGCCAGGAAGGCUCUGUCGGAAACAAGCUCCAACAAGUCUUAUGAGAAUAAGUACCAGGAGGUUAGCCAAAAAGACUCCCACGAGCAGCUGAACAACACUUCUUCCUCCAGCCCACAGCAUCUGAGUGCUCAGAAACUGGAGAUGCUGUACAAUGAAAUCACCAAGACGCAGCCUCAUUCCCACCCAAACCCGGACUGCCAAGAACAGCCCGAGAGGCCAUCUGCGUAUGAGGAAGAGAUAGAAAUGGAAGAGGUAGUCUUCCCACAGGAGCAGCUGGCUGUGGUGCAGACGGAGGUUGUUGUGGACAUGAAAAGCACCUCCAGCAUCGACAGCUUCACCAGCUGUGCCACCGACUUCACAGAGACCGAGAGAUCGCCCCUGCCACCACCCUCGGCAUCUCACCUGCAGAUGAAAUUCCCCAGCGACCUUCCAGGGACAGAAGAACACACUAGGGCCAGGGUCCCUCCAUUUCUAACACUAAAUAGAGAAAAGGGGCCUGCUGCCAGGGAGGUCACACUAGACUCUACCACCAUGGAGAUGACUGUGAACCUCAAUGCCGGGAGUUCGCAGUGUGGGCUACACGGUCCUUUGCAAUCUGACAAUGCCACUGACAGCCCUAAGAGUUCACUGAAAGGGAGCAACCCCCUAAAGUCCAGAUCCCUCAAAGUGAACUUUCAGGAAAACAGAGGCAGUGCACCCCAGACCCCACCCAGCACAGCCCGGCCACUGCCAGUUACCACAGCUGAUUUUUCACUCACCACCUCACAGCACAUCAGUACCAUCCUCUUGGAAGAAACCCUCCCAGGGGGAGAUAAACCCUUUCUGGGCACUGAAGUUUCAACACACUGUCAGGGACUUUCCAAAGGACCAUCCCCUCGGUUUCCCAAGCAGAAACUGUUUCCUUUCUCUUCCAGAGAGAGGAGGAGCUUCACUGAGAUAGAUACUGGUGAGGAUGAAGACUUCCUGGACCUCCAUCGGGCAGGAACCGACAAGCAAGCUGACUCCAGCCCAAACUGCUUAGCAGACAAGCCCAGCGAGGCCAGAGACCCUGUAAGAGAAGAGGGUUGUGAGGGCUCCUCCUCUCCCCAGAACACAGGCCACAACUGUAGGCAAGACAUUUUCCAGGCUGUGGGUGAAAUAAAAAAGGACAAUACUCAAGAAGGGUGCAAGAUGGAAAACCACUUGUUUGCCCCAGAAAUUCAUUCCAACCCAGGAGACACAAGUCACUGUCCUACACGUGAAACCAGCAUGUGACUAGUUACAAAAGCAAUAAAAAAAAAAAACAUGUUUCUUAAAAAUGCGAUUAAUAAUGCCUAUGAAUUUAACUAUGGGAAGCCCCUCCCCCCAAAAUGCAUAAAAUGUUAUUUUUGCAUGGCAUGAACAGUUUAGUUAAGUACUGUUUAAAUAAAGAUUCAAGACUGCAUUUUGUAACAAACAAAACCAACUGAUGGACAGUGAACGAAUAAAGAGAGCUCUAUUAGGAACCA